AUGGGAAAGGGCUGGUUAACAUGCGUCUCGGCCUCUUGUUUAUCUACAGGAAAAGACAAAAAAAAUCAAAAACCGGAGAAGGAGAAGAAGAAAUGGUUUGGGAAACAAAAGAGUAGAGAGUCCAUUGAAUUCUCUUUGGAGGAGACUCCUCCGGUAGAUCCAUCAUCUUCCUCCAUCACUCGGCCAUCUCCUCCUCCUCCUCCGUUGCCUGAUUUUGUUCCUCAACCGUUGUUGCCACCACCAUCCCCUCUUCCUCAGUUGCCUGGCUUGACUCCUCAGCCGUUGUUUCCACUAUCAUCCCCUCCUCCUCCUCCCCUUCCAUUUCAGCCAUCUCCGAGUAAUAAAGGCUAUGGUGCUUCCAAAGAAGCAAAGACUAGACAAGCUCUGGCUCUCGCAUCCGCUGUUGCAGCCGAAGCAGCGGUGGUGGCUGCACAUGCUGCCGUAGAGGUUGCACGUCUCACAACAAAUACCUCAACACGUCAAAUUGUGGAGUCAAAGGAGGAAGCUGCGAUAAUAAAGAUCCAAAAUGCGUAUAGAUGUUACAAGGCAAGACAAACUCUACGUAUGCUACGAGGAAUGGUCAGGCUAAAGACGUUGCUGCAAGGAAAAUACGUGAAAAGACAGAUGAACGCGAUGCUUAGCUCAAUGCAAACUCUUACACGUUUACAAACACAGAUUCAAGCGAGGAGGAAUCGGUUAUCUGAAGAGAACAAAGCUCGUCACAUGCUGAUCCAGCAGAAGGGUCACCAGAAAGAACGCCAAAAUCAGAAUUUGAUUAUUGGGGGAGAUUUUGAUUCCAGCAAUAAAUCAAAGGCACAGAUUAAAGCACAGUUUGUUAAUCGAAAAGAAGCUUCUGUAAGACGUGAGAGAGCUUUGGCGUAUGCUUACAGUCAUCAGCAAACGUGGAGAAACUCUACAAAACUUCCACAUCAGACCAUGAUGAACGCAGACACUCCGCAUUGGGGUUGGAGUUGGCUUGACCGGUGGAUGACUUCUCGUCCAUGGGAAGCUCAAUCCAACGACGAUCCAGCCUCCCUCAAAUGUGAGAAUUCCAUCAAGACUUCUCCUGCCAGAUCUAAAGAACCAAAAUCAGGCAGCCAAAAAGCUAUCCAGAGCGAGGGGGUUAAUCGUAGGCAUAGCAUUGGUGGUCGAUCAUCUAAAAAUGUCAAAGAUGAUGAGAGCCUUGGUAGUUCUUUAUCACGCAGAAGUUCCUUUGGUAAUACAGAAACUGAAAAAUCCAAGGCUAGUGAGGAAACAUCUAGCAACAUGACUAACCCCCAACCGUUGAAGAAGUCUAAUUCUAGUGUGGAAACAGCAAGCAACUUGGGUAACCCCAGACUCUUGAAGAAACCCAAGGCUAGUGUGGGAACAGCAAAAACCGUUGUUAACACGCAAGCUAUGAAAUCAAAAGAUAGUGUGGGAACAACAAGAUACUUGGCUAACACGCAAGUUUUGAAAUCUACGGUUAGUGUCGGAUCAACGAGCAACUUGGGCUCCCAAAAGAAGGCUGUUUCCGAUAAAAAUGAACGUCAGCAAAUGGUAUUGCCAAAGAAGAGGCUUUCACCGUCUAAUUCUCUUGGAACAACAAAGAAGGUUUUGGAUUCGGACAAAGCUACAAUAGGCGCUGCAAAUGGAGAGAAAAAGAGAAGAAAUGUUAGUAACGGUUAACCUAAAGUCUCUUUGUUAGCGAUUUGAUAGAUUUAGCAUCUCAAAUCCGAGAUUUGUUUCUAUCAGACGCAAGCACAGAAGAUGAGGAGUGGAGAAAAAAAGUGUGUGUUUUGUUGUUUUCUUUGAGUUAGUACAAUUUACUAUUUGUCCGUUUGCGGUUUGGUUUUCUUUCUGUUUUCUUAUUUUUGAAAUUGUUUCAAUUAAAAACCUCUAUCUCGCAUCGAAUCUUUGUUUAAUUUUUUUU